AUGGUCUACUCGCAGCAGCAGCUACGCUGCGUAUACGUUAUCUCCUGCAGCCUGUUCAUCCUGGCCGCAUGCAAGGUGCCCGAAAAGACGCAUACGAAUAGCUGGCACGAUUUGUUCUUCGGCAACAAGUGGCUAACGCCGCCGGCUCGCCUCAGAGAAUCGAAAUUUCUGCCCAUUUUUUCGCUGAUGCCUUAUGGCACGAGCAGCUGUGCAGCGCCGUCCGGUGAGCUGGGCAACUGCAUGGCCAACAAAGAUUGCCUGCUACGCAAUGGCAUACCAGCUGGACCCUGCGGCGGUGGCUACGGCGUCUGCUGCAUAUUUCUGCAGACUUGCGGUGGCGUUAUACGCGAGAACUCUACAUACUUUGUGAAUCCCAAUCACCCGGAUGUCUAUGAUGGCACUGGCAGCUGUCAGGUGACGGUGCAGAAGCUGCAUCCGGAUAUAUGCCAGCUGCGCUUGGAUCUGGAUAUGUUUUCCAUAGCGCCGCCGGAGGCAGCGAAUCACUUGUGCAAUCAGGAUCAGCUGUUGAUAUCGGGCGGCAGCCCCACGCCCACCAUAUGCGGCAGCUCCACGGGCGAUCACAUGUAUAUAGACGCUGGUCUGGGCCAGAGCAAUCCCAUUGUCCUGUCCGUCAUAACCAGCGCCAGCUUUCCGCGUCUGUGGCGCGUGCGCGUCACCCAGAUCCACUGCGGCAGCAUUAGCCGCGCUGAUCAGGGCUGCCUGCAGUAUUUCACAGCUAUAAGUGGGCGUGUGCGCAGCUUCAACUACAAUACGGUGGGCGGGCGACAGCUGUCCAAUCAGGAUUACAGCAUCUGCAUACGCAACGAGCGCAAUUUCUGUGGCAUUCAAUACAACGCGUGCCCCGACCUAGAGAACAAUCGUUCGCGCUCCUUUACUAUAUCGGGCAACUCGAACAAUCCGGUGCCCACUCAGGUGGGUGGCGGUGGUGGUGGUGCCGGCGGUGCAACGACUGCCAUGGGCUGCAUUAGCGACUGGCUGCUCAUAGGCUGCAUACGCUCAGCGGAUCGCAUACCCCCGCUGCCAGGCUGCGAGGAUCGCGUGUGCGGCGGCACCUUCAGCGCCGAGGCGGGCAUGUUGGCCAAGACAGUGCAAUCCAGCGUGCGUCCCUUCCGCUUGUACUUUCACACAGACGGCGUCGAGGCGCCCAAUGAUAUCGACAAUCGCGGCUUCUGCCUCGACUACGUGCAGCAGCCCUGCACGAACGGCUUCUAA